CCGGAGCCCCCGGAGCCCCCGUUCCAACUCGGCCCGCCCUCCCGAUCUCGGAUUGGCUGCACCUCCCGGCGCCCUGUUAUCCGAUUGGCGGGGCCCGGGGCAGAGCGGGCGCGGGAUCCGCUGAGGCGGCUGGCGGCGGCCGUGGCCGUUUCGGUGAUGGAAACCCCCACUCACAGCACCGUGCACCUGAGCGACUGGCAGAAAAGUUACUUCGCUAUUACCUCUGGCACCUGCACACCUGCACAGAAGGCAGAUGAAUACCGUGCCAAAAUCCUGCAUAUUCAGUAUGCAUGGGCAAACUCCGAGAUCUCUCAGGUCUGUGCUGCCAACCUGUUUAAAAAAUAUGCAGAGAAAUACUCUGCAAUUAUUGACUCUGACAACAUAGAGACUGGCUUGAAUAACUAUGCUGAAAACAUUUUGACUUUGGCAAAGUGUCAGCAAAAUGACAGUGACAAGUGGCAAUCUGCCUUGACAACAGAUACUGUAUUUGAAUUAAAGUGUGUGCAAGAGAGGAUGCAGGCUGGCAAAAAUUUCCAAAGAUCUCAGAUGGCACCGACAGAUGCCUGUGUACUAGCUGGUAAAGGGGUCAGUGCCUCUGCUGCUCCAGGUCUUCCUAAACUCGGUAUCUUCAGCAGUGCCAGAGAGACUGAGCUCUGUGCUGGCUCAGCAAAAUGUGCAAGUCGGGGACCAGAGCUCCUUGAGCAUCCUUCAUCUUCAAAGUCUCUUCAAAGCAGCGUGCCUCUUGUGACCAAAGCUUUGGAUACACUUCCUGCCUCUUCAGCCUCCUUAAAUGAACAGGUUCCUACAGGUUUCCAGGCAACUCCUCUAUUUGCAAGUAAAGAAAUGGCAAGUAGUAGUUCUCUGAAAAUGUCGGGUAACUGUCGCGAUGGACAAAAUUUGUCUCUUUCUGAUCAGUCAGCUGCACCUGCAUGGUCCACAAGUUCUGGAAAAAGAAAAGCAUUUUAUGGUCUGGCUGAUGAAGGCAGCACAGUGAUUCCUAGCCUUGCCCCAUGCCAGGCUUCCAUUAGUACAGAAACCAGUAGUUUUUCAGGGUAUAGAAACAGAAAUGAAGAGAGCGGUGUUCCUGGUUUUAGAACUGCAAAAGAACAGCUGUGGGUGGAUCAGCAAAGGAAAUCUCAAAACCUACCCCAGCGUGCACCGGUCUCGUCAUAUGGAGGUGUAAAAAAAUCACUGGGUGCAGGCAGAUCUCGGGGUCCAUUUGGCAAAUUUGUUCCUCCAGUUCCAAAACAAGACGGAAACGAAAAUGGAGGAGCACAGUGUAAGCCUCGUGCAAGAGGACCAACAGAUCCAUCGCUGCCUGUAGAUGAACGACUGAAAAACAUAGAACCAAAAAUGGUUGAACUCAUUAUGCACGAGAUCAUGGACCAUGGGCCUCCUGUCAACUGGGAUGACAUUGCCGGAGUUGAAUUUGCUAAAGCUACUAUAAAAGAAAUAGUAGUCUGGCCUAUGCUGAGGCCAGACAUCUUCACUGGGUUACGUGGUCCUCCUAAAGGAAUUCUUCUCUUUGGCCCCCCUGGGACUGGCAAGACUCUUAUAGGCAAGUGCAUCGCAUGCCAGUCUGGAGCAACUUUUUUUAGCAUCAGUGCCUCUUCUCUGACUUCCAAAUGGGUAGGCGAGGGGGAAAAGAUGGUCCGUGCGCUGUUCACUGUGGCGCGAUGUCAACAGCCAGCAGUGAUUUUCAUUGAUGAAAUUGAUUCUCUGUUGUCUCAGCGUGGAGAUGGGGAGCACGAGUCGUCAAGAAGGAUAAAAACUGAAUUUCUGGUCCAGUUAGAUGGGGCAACAACCUCCUCUGAAGAUCGUAUUCUAGUGGUUGGAGCAACAAAUCGACCCCAAGAAAUCGAUGAAGCUGCCCGAAGGAGACUAGUGAAGAGACUGUACAUUCCUCUUCCAGAAGCCUCAGCUAGGAAGCAGAUUGUCACCCGUCUAAUGUCAAAGGAGCACUGCUCCCUAAAUGAAGAGGAAAUCGAACUCAUAGUUAAGAAAUCGAGUGGAUUUUCAGGGGCAGACAUGACACAGCUCUGUCGAGAAGCUUCUCUGGGCCCUAUCCGCAGUCUUCAGUCCACAGACAUUGCAACCAUCAUGCCAGACCAAGUACGGCCUAUUGCUUUCCUGGACUUCGAGAGUGCCUUCAGAACCGUGCGGCCCAGCGUCUCCUCGAAGGACCUAGAGCUGUAUGAAACCUGGAACCAGACAUUUGGCUGCGGUAGAUAAUUGCAUCCUAACUGUUCCGCAGAAAUAUUUCUUUAGCACCAUUAAACCCACGAUAAUUUAGAGUGUCUGCACUUCUUUUUGUUUCUGUCUUUGAAAUAAAUCUUCUUACGUUAUGCCAGCAGAUGUCUAGGCCCUGGCCUGAGGUUUCGCCAUCUGAAAAGACCAUGAGAAACUGCUGGUCACGAUACAAGAAACUGCUGAACACAAGCAACGGAGUGAGAAGCUGACAAAAAUGACAGAUAGCUGCUGUGAAAGGUGGACGAAUUUCACUGAUGUUUAAGGGGAAGAUGGUCAAACCUCACAUGUAAUUGAAGGGAGUAUUGGGGGCAAUCUCGCAAGGCCCACUGCUGUCCUGUGUCAGUAAUGCCAUGCAAGGCUGAGCGGACCCAGGUAAUGUUAUCAGAAAUACCAAUUUUAGGUAGGGAUGUAGCAAAACUGGGACCGAUGGGGAAAAGUAGUUAGGGGUGCAUUGUUUGGGAGGAAACAGGAGCGGAGGAAGGGAAGGGCCAAGGUGGAUGUGGGAAGAACAUAAAUGGAAAAAUAGAAGUGGGGGUAAAAGGGAAUGGUCUCGUGUAAGCAGUGCUCUGGUCUGAGCAUCCGAUUAAAUACUUUUACUGAUGAUUUUCUGCUUGACCUUGCUUUCUGUGCUGCAUCUGCGUGUGUGGAUGUGUGUUACAGGAGGACUGGGCACCUGCAACUGGAGAAGAGGCCAUGGGUCAUGGGGGCUCUCGGGUCUGAGGGCCAGCCGUGGGCUAGCCAGUGUGUUUAUAACCAGAUGCUGUAGGGAUCCCGGUGGGCGUGCAAACUUCACUAACAAAACUCGCUAGCAAACUUCAAGCUGGACUAGCUGGCAAGUAGGAGGAAAAAAACCAGCAUCUGGAAAGAGCCCAGAUGUAAGCCAGUGGCAGGGUAAGGGGGCUCAGGGUCUGGGCCUGGAUAUUAGAUGAACUUAAAUCCCGUGGCAGUGUUUGAAGGCUCCAUGAGCGCGGUGUCCUUGUGCAGCUGGAGCGUGCGGGGGCCUGCGUGCGUCGCUGGUGAGCUUCAGUCCAGUGCGGCUGGAGAUUAGGGACAAGAUUGGGGCUGUGUUGUUGGGUUUAUGUCAGCACAUUUGCUCUGUGUGUGCUGGUAAAGGCUCUGCUCACUCUGUCCUCGUCUGUGUGUGUGUGUUUGUGUGUAUCUGCUGGUUUGGAUUAGGGACUUAGCCUCGCUCCUGGCUGGACCUGCAAGCAAAAACAGCAGCAGCUGCAUCUGUCAAACUAAGAUGGGAGAAGCCUUAGUCUCAGAGAGCACCCCAUUGGGCUCUCGUGGCCAGGAGGGAGAAAUCCCAUGUUCCAAAAUCGGCUGGGUUCCACUACUUCUUAAAAAAUCUCCAUGCAACAAUGCUAAAGUUCCUAGCUAGCUUGUAUUUGGUGUUCUUACCUAAGGUCUGAAAGAAGUGCACAGCCUUUUCUUCACAUAACCUGUCCUCGCCCACUGGCUGGAGAGAGCUGCCCCUGAAUGGAAAAGAAGAGCUUUCCUUUGGAUUCUUUCGUUGGUGUGGCAGAGCUGGCUGCUGUGGUGUCCAUGCUUCAUUUUCUGUUUCUGUAAAGCACUUUUUCUCCUAUUGGGGAAAACGCAGAGCUUAAAAGCUGGUCUUACUUAGGUUUUCUAAAAAUGGAUAAAUGCUCUUUAGCUAGCAUUUUUUUAAAGCCAUUUGGGAACUACAGGGACUCUGAGGCGAUAGUGAACCUUGAAUUCAGAAUGAUUUGGAAGGCUUGGCAUUUCUUAGAGCUCAUCCUGAUUUAAACAUAAAAAAGUCAGUUCUAUUCUUGGCUUAUGUUUUUUGUAAAGUCUGGUAUGUAUUAGACAUUGUUUUGCAGAGAUGUAAAAAAUCAGGUAUGCGAAUUUAUCUUAAUUUCUGAAAUAGUGAAAGUAGAAUAAUUAGAUUAUUUUGUAAGAAUAAAUGUGUGGUGUGGUCCAAACUGAUUGACUUUUGUGCCACUUGGGUAAAGAUUAUGAGAUUAAAUCUGCUCUUACAAGUUUAGUAUUGGAGAGCUAUAAACAUGUACUAGGUAAGAUUUUUGCUCUCUCCAAACAUCUCUCCAACUGUAAUGAAAACGUGUUCUUUAAAAUUUUUUCUCAGGCAAGUGAAUGAAAAGCACAGAGAAUUUUAAUUGUUUAGUAAAACCUAAGGGUUCUUCCAAGGGUAAUAAAACCCUUAUGUAUGAUUAAAUAAUAGCCUUAUUUAUGCUGGGAAUUAUUCUGGUAUGCUAUGUGAGCAUACUGUGCUCAUCUAUGUAUCUGAAUAUUCAUAUUUUAAUGGAAAUGGCUUUACUGAAAGGACCAGUGAGAAUGCACAUGAUGAUAGAGAAUAAAACGCCUCCUAAGAUGACAAGGACUGGGAGAGGAAUGCUGUGCCGCUGUAUUUGUCUCCUGCAAAGUGGAACUUGGGAGAGAUAAAAAGUAGAGACACAGCACCAGGCAGGAGUAUCCGUUACUCAUUACUUGAAUUACACGAACAUGCUUUUGUUUUAGAAAACACAUGGAAACAGUGAAAGGGAACACUAGGUAAAGCUUAUUCUUUUUCUUUUUUAGUAAUGAUGCAGGUAAUAUGACUAUCUCUUCCGCCAUCUAGCAAUAUUCAGGCUUUGCUGCAGGACUCACAAGUCAUCAGGACUUCCAAUACUAACCCAAUACGUAUUUCAUAACCCGCUCUUAACAGUGCCACCAAACGAGAUUAGAUCACCGGUAACAUAAUUUCACAAAAUAGAGAAAAUUGCACAAAAGUAGGGCAUGAUUGUAAUUUAAGGGAAAUGGUGCAGAUAAAUCCACUUUAAUGGUUCUGUUUAGUGUAUGCAUAAACCUAUGUACUUCAUUAUUUAUUCUUUUUGGCUGGCUGAACUUUGUAAGAAGAAAUACAGGACUGUCCUCUGGUUUUGUGGUUCAGUCACAUUUGGUGCACAAUCUCUUAGUUUCUCUUAAAUAAAGGUAAAUAAUUGCAGUCCUGGAAAAGUGAGGUCUUAUUAAUAAUCAAGACAAUUCAGACUCUUCAUUUUCUCAGUGCAUCUUGUAUUUGAGUUAGCUAAACUGUCUUAGAGCAGUAUGAAAUCCCCAGAUGAAUUUUCAUUUAUAGAAAACUGUGGCAACACAAGUAGGUAAAAAGCUGAUGAAGCAGCAGCAAUGAUCAUCAUCUGCUAAUGGCAAGUGGAUGAAAACCAGACUGGACUCUUAAGAGCAUCAUUAAGAUUGUGUGUUGAAAUAAGGCAAUUUCUGUUUUUCUUAUAGAAAUUAUGGAACUACUCCCAAGCCAACAUGCAAUUGGAAAAAAACCCACCAAAAAACCAAACAAAACCCCACUUUUCCCAUUAAAGUUAUAAUUUUGGUGGCAGUGAGGGAUUGGUCUUGGUGAGCACUGACGUUUACUAAGAUUUAGAAGAUGCUUUGAACGGUAGAUAUACAAACGCUUGCGCUUGUCUUCAAACGCAUGACUGGGUAUUCCUUUGAAAUUUAAAUGAAAGGUUGGGCUUGGGAGAGUUUUGAAGGAAGGCUCACGAGUAGUUUUCUUACCUAAUGAGAUACUCUGGUAGGUUAACCCUGGCUCACAGCCAGGUGCCUACCCAGCCCCUCACUUGCUCCCCUUCCUCAGUGGGACGGGGGGGGAGAAAAUAGGAUGAGGGAGCUUGUGGGCCGAGUUAAAGGCAGGGAGAUCGCUCACCGGUUACCAUUGUGGGCAAAAGUGACUCAGCUUGGGGAAUUUUAACUUAUUGACAACUAAAAUAGAUUUGGGUAGUGAGAAGCAAAAAAAGACAAACGUUGAAACGCCGCCUUUCCUCCUUGCUGUCCCAGACUCAACUUCGCUCCCCGCUCUCCUGCCCUACCGCCGCAGGGCACGGGGGUGGGAGGUUGCGGUCAGUACGUAGCAGUUUCUCGCUGCAGCUCCUUCCCCCUGGUGUUUUCCUCUGCUCUGGCGUGGGCGCUCCGUGGACCACAGUUUCUUCAGGAGUAUCCAUCUGCUCCAGCAUGGGCUGUCUGACGCGCUGCAGUGUGGGUAUCUGCUCCAGCGUGGGUCCGUUGUAACCAGCCGUGUCCCGCACGGGGCAGCCCUUGGCCUCUUCCCACAGGAGCCUAAGAGUGCCUCUCCACUGGAGUUGAGUUAGUUUGUAGGCUUCAUGGGUAGGGUGGCAUCUUGUGUUCUGUCGUACUUCUGAACAUACCACGCUUUCCUUUGGCUACCGGUCUAUGCAGCAUAAUCAGACAUCCAAGCUAGAAAUACAGCUGGGCUGUUCUCAGGCUUUUCCCCACAGCCAUGUCAGACAAGCUUCCAGGAGCCGAGGCUUUCCUUAAAUUGUGCCAAUGAUAGAAAAUUCCAGUUUCAGAUUAGCUUGCCUGCUUUUGGAACUGAAUACUUCAAUCCGAAAUUUUCACUGGGCUUUGUAAGGUGGAAACACCUGGGCACGUGAAACUAAAUGAGGGGUCUGCUAAUGCAUUGCUUUGAAAGACCAUCUAGAAUGGCUGUGUAUUUACAGUCAGGGAAAAAAAAAAAGUAAUGCUGGCUUUUUUUUUUUUUUUAGAAUUAGAUCACAAAAUUCCAGGCAGUGGCUUGUGAAAAUUCCUACCCCCUUCUUAUAGGUUUUGAGUUCUGUACUGUGGAUUAAAAUGUAAUCGAGAGAUGAAAUUGCCUAGGCUUCUGCUUUUAAAUUUAGAGUAGCUUCUAUGGUUUCUUUACUCUAUUUACUUGUAUUAGUAAAACUGUCUUUUGAUAACUUUUUACCUACAGCAAGAGGAAAGGAUGUCUCUGUCAGUUGGGAUGGUCCUUCCACCUAAACCUGUUACACAGAAUCAUUUUGAUUAAUAGGCCUCACCAGUUAGAAAUAUCACUCAGUGGUAGUGAAGACCUACAAGUCUGUGUUCUCCUUUUCCAAAUAAGUAAUUUUAUUUUGUGCCAGUUACAACUAGUGACUGCUUAUCCCUGCAGAUCGGAUGUAACCAAUGAAAUUUCUUACAAGAGUUGUCAUGAAAUAGCUUGUGCUCAUAUACUUCAUUCAAUAUUCUGAAGAAGGAGAACUUUGGCCUUCAUUAUUAUUUCACCUAUAGAUUUUUUUUUUCCAAAUAUGGAAAGAAAAAUAAGAAGAGGUGUGAGAUACUGACAUAGGGAGCUUGAAUGCUCUUGAUAUAUUGUAUUUCUUGCAUACCAAUUAUUUGCACUAUAAAAUGGAUGUAGAUUGUUAUAGCAAAGGAUAUAGCCAUGUAAGUAGAAUUAUAGAGACUCCUGAUUUUUCUUAAAUUAUGGAGAAUUUUUUUUCCAGAGAGGGCAUGGACUCUGGAAGCUGGUUUCUGCAAGCUAUUCUGGUGCCAGCUACCACUAGAAAAAAGGGAGAAAAUUCAAAAAGAAUCAACAGAGAAAAUUGAAAGGUGGUGUGGGGAUAUUGAUUACAUGUAAAGAUGCAAAUAAACAUGUAUACUUUGAAGUUAUUUCAGCAAUGAUAAUAAUUUUUUCAAUAUCUGUUGAUGGCUUAAUGUUAUAUAAAAGCAUACAUUUAGCAGUGAUGGCAUAAAAGUAGAAAAAAGAAAAAAAUCCACUUUCAAGAAGGUCACAGAAAUUCUGGGCUGGUAUAGCUAAACUGGAGAGAAGGAAGAGGUAGAAAAUAUGCUUGUAGUGACAAAGGAGGAGGUAAUAGGUAAUUUGUUCCCAGGGUCUGUGAUUAGUCUGUUAUUUUCUGAACAUCCCUUGUGAUUUUUUUCACUGAUUUUAAUGAUAAAUUUAAAAGGUUUCACCCUGCUUAAUGGGGUGCCUUACAGUCAUAUGACAGUGAGUCUUAUAGUUGACUGAAAAAAAUUAAAUGUGCUAAUUAAAACAUUGUGAUACCAGAAGUUGCUCCAAAACCAGAAGUUUCGCACCAAAGAAAUGCAAGAGAACUCAAGAUCAAAUUUUCAGAAACUUUUGCUGUCGUCUGCUAAAAAUAUAUACUAACGCUCUGUCUGUAAAUGUCUCAGAAGGCAGGAACUUGAGCAUGCUGGGGACUGCUCCAUUGUAGUUUCAUUCAUGAAAACUAUUUCUUGUGUGCUUUUACAAAUAGUUAUGGUAGUACAACUCCCCAAAUAGUUAUGACAGUACAACCCCCUCCUCUAGUGACGCCAGAGUAGGGAUAAUUUAUGCCAGGGAGUGUUACCGUUUAUCUGUAUAACCCAAUCCCCAUAAAAAUUUAUAGCUUUGAAAGAGUCUUAUUGCCAUUACAGCAGUGGAAAAGGAGUACCGCCUUAUUCAUGUCGCUAUAGAGGGAUAUAGCCGUUGUCUGCAGGUGACUCCUCGUCAUCCACAGGCUGGGGAUGUCCUUCCCACAGCGCUGUCAGCAGGAAAAAUUGCGCGAUGGGAUACGUGAGCCAGCUGAGCUCAAAUGCUUUUGCUAGACAUCUGCAUUUAGGACAGAGUUAGCAAGACUAAAGGGUGCCUGGCUCAGUCUAUCCUAUAUAAGGUUUAGAAAUUUAUGGAGAAAAAAUUAUCCGCAACAAAUCCGCUCCACUUCUAGUAACAGCAGUCUUUUCAAGGGACAGUAACACCUCUGUUAGUGUUGACUCGAUCUUUUUUACAGCCUGCCACCAGAUGGAGAUCUUUUCCCAAAGAAGUCCACCCAAUUUCUUAAGGAAAGUCCAAGGGUAGUCAAAGUUAGUUUCCUUGUUUUGUCACUUAAAAUCAUCCAGUAUUAAUGACUUGUAACUGGCAUUUUAUUAAGCAUUAUUGUGGAUUCGUUGGGUGGACUUUGUUUUUCAAGAAGAUUUUUUUGGAGGGAGCUGUGAAAACCAGCCUGACAUCUCUAGAGCUCCCUAUUUAACAAAGAUAGGAUUUUUAAAGAUUAAUUUUACCUUGGGUCUCAGGCUGUAACAUUACACUGGGGUUGGGAAACGAGGUGAAAAUCCUGAUACAGGGCAUUUGUGUUGAAACCUAUCCUCGAUCUUAGGAAUUUUAAUAGCAGAGUCAAUGAGCAGA